GGUUUGCGUCAGAGUUUGAAAACCUCAGCUUUAGUCUGAUACUUUGAGAGGCUUGACUUCCUGUAGUUUUGCAUCGAGCAGGUUUUAAGGCGUUCAUUUGUGAACUAUGCGAGGGGGCCUAACAUUUCCAUCAAAAACAUAGAUCAACGAUACAAACAGAAGAUUGCAAUGGUGACUAACAGACUUUGGUGUGUACCGGUUCUUGUUUUGCUGUUCACUCUGAACAAUCUGGUCACAUCAAGAUAUCUCUCCAGGAUGAAGAAGGAAAUUAGCUACGACACAACAUCCACAAACACCACUGACAGACACAGUACAAACAUAACUGGACCUGAGACUGUAAAGACCACUGUGGACCAUUUGAAGGCUAUGAGUGCACAAACCAUUGAGGUUAAAACUGAUAGACCUGAUUUAAACGACUCUGUGACAAGUAUGGACCACCAAAAUAUUUCAGACUCGAGCCACACCCAAAAAAAUGAAGGGAAUGAGACUUCGGGAAACCACUUCAAAGGAACUGAGAGUGUGACAGUCAGCCAACCAACAGGUAAUGAGAAUACUUCGUACACCCAACUUCCUAAGAGAAAUGAUAGUAUUGGACAUAUUUCACAAGCAGGAAGUUCUGCCCCCACAUUUCCUGCAUUGGUAGGGCCUGGUAAGGUAACUGAAAUCCACACAACAGCAGCUACAACAAAAAUACCUUUGGAAAAAUCAACAACAUCUACUGCACCUCGCUCAACAGCUUCACGCAUCUUUAAAAACCAAACGUCAACCACGGAAAAGGCUCCCUUGUGUUUCACAGCUUCUCAGAGGGAUGGACUUGUGAGUCACUGCCUUAUCGCCAUUGCUUCAAUGGCUGCCCUGACAACCAUCUUUAUCAUAAGCACCAUCUGCCUGGCAACCAAACUCUCCAGAUAUAGAUACAGACACAAGUCGCAUCUUCUCCAGGAGACAGAGAUGGUCUGCAUUUCUGCCCUGAUGAAUGAUACUGAUCACCCAGUUCCAAAGCUAAGACACCCCAAGAGUAAUGGAGCAUUGAUCCCUAAUACUGAGGAUGGAGAUCCUGAUGGAGAUAAUCUGACCCUGAACAGCUUUCUUCCUGAUAAUGAUGGCCCACUUUAGAAGUUACAAGUUUCUUAUGCAUGCACUGAGCUUUUGCUGAAGUACUCUACUGAUAGACCACAGAAAGACUAUUGCCGUGAGAUUACCUUAAAUCACUGCUUUGUGGUUAGAAAUAAAUCAUUCAGACAUGACAUAAACCCAGCUCUAAAACAUUCUGCCUACCUUUACAAUGAAUUAAAAAAAAACUAGAGGUAUAGUGGCCAAAAGCCAUUAUGUGGAUUGCUUAUCUAAAGGCUUUGAACCACUUCCUAAAACCACACGAACAUCGCCCAGGGGUCUAUUUGAUGAGUCAUCUGCGUUCUGCUCUAUUCUUUGCUUUUCGUCUAGCUUUUUUUCCCCGAGUUUAGUCUAUAUGGCACCUUAGUAUAAUUUAUUUGUACAAUACUGAAUAAUAAUGAGACACUUUUAUAUUUUACAUUUUAUAUUUCACGUUUUUGUAUGCCUGAUAGCAGUUUAAAUCCUAAAUUGUAAUUUUUGUGCUGAAAUACUAUACUACUCCCUGAAAAGCUCAGGCACUACACUUGGCAGAAUGUAUUACUGAACAUGCACUAGAAUAUGUUCUAUUCCUGUUUGUGGUUAAAGUAGUGCCAUAUAAUUUACUCAAAGAGAGAGUAAGCCUAAAACAUUUUUAAGUCUUUAAGCUUUUAGUAUAGCAUCGUUGCGAAUGUACAUAAAAUGCAUUUAAAUGUACCCAGAUUAUUUUUUUUUUACUUUUUUUUUUUUUACUUUUGUACAGAAGGCUUUUCCAUUGUCUCCUUUUUUGAAUCAAAGGAAAUAAAAAAAUGCUUUGACCAAAGUCAACAGGAUUGGCACAUCUGGGAAAAAAAAAAAACAGAAUGAGAAAACAACAUAAAUCAUAUUUCAGUCUUUCACAUUUAGGUCCUUUAAUAUGUUUUGCUUUGUUUAUAAUACCAUAUUUAAUAAAAGGACAAACCUUUGUUGUGUAUGAUUUCAGAUGUCGAUAGGCUAAUAGACCCUGUGUAUGUAAUUUUUAUAUACCUGUACUGUUCUGUACUAUGUUUGUUCAAGCGCUUGUCAGAUAAAUAUAUUGCCCAGUGUUCAGAAAACCUUCUUCAAGUGCAUCAUGCCAUCAAUUACUUAGCAGGGCUCACAGUGAUUAUUCUGUUAGUUAUUUAGAAAUAACUAAAUGGUGUGCAAGGCCUGAGACCAGUCUGCAUUGUUUACCCUGUUACUGUUACCUGAAUUCAUUUUGUAAUUGUUAAAUAAAUAAGUGCA